ACGAUUGGUAUUCACCAAUACGUGGCAAGGAGCCGACAAGGAAUACAUAUACAUUUGAGAUGGCUUUCCAAAGUCGCUUGUCCGUAACUGUUUUGUUGUGUCUGUGCGUCGCAAAUACAUGUACCACAUUCACUCUGGUUGGCGUACCCCAUCCGAGAUCGCGGUUGCCGAAACUGAGCCUUCUCAAGUUCCUCAAGCCGUGCGUUGGUCUCUCCGUCGUCUCCCGGGACGAAUGGAACGCUCGAUCCCCCUGGGAUAGCCCAGUCAUGAAAGGACCCAAGCACGUGGUCGUGGUGCGCCACACCGCGACCUCACCCUGUAACACGUCCCAGAGCUGUGAAGAAUUGAUGCAAAAUAUCCAGAAUUACCACAUGGACAGCAAGGGUUGGAACGACAUUGGAUACAACUUUGUGAUUGGCGGAGACGGCAGGGUCUACGAAGGGCGUGGCUGGGAAACCGUGGUGCCACAUACCAGUGAAAUUUCCUACGAUCCCCGUAUUGUGGUCAUCGCCUUGAUUGGGAACUACACAGAUAGCCCGCGGAGUCUCGGAAUGGUGAACGUCUUGAAGCAGUUGUUCACGUGCGGUGUAGAGAAGGCUCAACUCACCGAAAACUUGGUGAUCUGUGGGCAGCGUGACGCCUACUCCGAGCUCGUGGAUUGGCCCAACGAUCUCGGAUGGUGCUCUGUGGUGGACCGGUCGUUUUUCUGAGACGGGGGGGGGGGCACCUGCCGGCUCGAUGUGGCUUGAGCAGAGCUUCAAUGAAUAGAUGUGGUGUGAACAGAUUCCCAAAAACAUGUUCAGAGGGAAACCGCCAAAAGGGCAUUCUGGCAGAUCUUCCCAGCUCCAUCCAUUGUCUGAUGGGGGGAUCACACACAACACUUUCCAUAUGUAUCUGGCCCAAGUAAAGAUGUCAACUAAAAUCAAAGCUGAGAAUUUGUAUCUGUGGUAUUCUUGUCUAGAAGUCAAUUAAGAGGUGAAGUCAAAUAUCUGAAAGUUCUUCGAGGUUUGUUCCCUAUUAAUUAUUUCUUACUAGCGUGCUCUUCUUAUAGAUAUGGUAUGAAAGAUUAUACAACUCACAUUUACAGGUGGGGGGCAUUUUAAACGGUAUUCUGGAAAAGCUUGGGAGAAAAGGUUAAAGACUCUAUGUAACUCUGAAUAAAUGAAAUAAAACUUAAUUGGACGAAAGCAUUCAA